AUGGCGAAGUCUCUGCGAUCCAAGCGGGAGAAGCGGCUGCGGACGUUGCGCCGGGAGAUAGCGGAGCCCUUCUACGACAAGAAGGAGGCCGCCAAGCUCGCCGCGCAGGCCGCCGCCCUUGCUGUCCCAGGAUGCCGGCAGCUCCCGCGGCGCUAG